AUGGCACAAGAAAUUAAUGUUGCAGUUACUGGAAAUGAGCCAAUCCUUGACUUCGACUACAAUUCUUCUAGAUUGGUGCUCGAUGCGUUGCCGGAAUUGAUUACACGAGAGGGCAAAAAGAACAAACACGUCCGAAAGCUUGCCCAAGAUAGCCUUGAUACUUACACAGAUGUUUGGUCCGUUUCCCGCAAGGUGUGGGCUGGAAAGCGGGAAGACUUCCUGCCAAAGCCGGACGCAGGGGACGAAGAUACCACGAUCGACAUCGAUUUUGUCGUGCCUCUUGGGAUGGAUCUGAGAGAGGAAACGUUCGGACUGGAGACGCAGGCUCGCCGUGACGUAUACGAUAAGCCUGGCAGCGACGGAAAAUACCUCGGGACCAACCCGUUCAUUGAAAAAUGGCUGCCAGAAGUGCUGAAGACAAGCUUCGACGUGCAUGCAGCAUGGGAGAAGGUGCACAAACAAUUUCCGGAUACGCCCUGCUUCGUUUCUGAUGAUGCGGGCUCGUACUUCUGCGAGUUUAGGCUCUAUUCCUCGCUGGCAGAGGCCUUGGAGCUGGAGCAUCAUGAAGACAAAAAAGGGAAAGUGCUUUUCUUUCACGUUCCGAAGAAGCGAGAUCCGGAAGCCAUUCAGUUUGCGGCUGAUCUUGCUGUCGCGUACUUGAAAGCUGUAGCCGAUGACAAAGUGCUUACCGAUACAAAUGCGUAG